GUGUAGCGGUGCCUACGUGGGAGAGAGGUGCCACCUGCCCAACCCCUGCCUGAGCUCCCCCUGCAAGAAUGCCGGCACCUGCACCGCCGUGGUACGCGGCGGCACCGCCGACUACACCUGCGCCUGCCGCCUGGGCUUCACCGACGAGCUGUGCCUCACGCCCCGCGAUAACGUCUGCCUCAGCAACCCCUGCCGCAACGGGGGCACCUGCGACCUGCUCACGCUCAGCAAAACCUGCCAGCAGGCUGACCCCUGUGCCUCCAACCCCUGUGCCAACGGGGGCCAAUGCGUCCCCUUCGAAGCUCACUACGUCUGCCGCUGCACCUCUGGCUUCCACGGGGCCAACUGCAAGCAGGAUGUGGGCACCUACCAGUGCUCCUGCAAGCCGGCGUACACCGGGCAGAACUGUGAGCACCUCUACGUGCCCUGCAACCCCUCGCCCUGCCAGAACGGAGGCACCUGCCGCCAGAUCGGAGACACGACCUACGACUGCACCUGCCUGCCAGGGUUCACAGGUCAGAACUGUGAAGAGAACAUCAAUGACUGCCCAGGCAACAACUGCAAGAACGGGGGCACCUGUGUGGAUGGUGUCAACACCUACAACUGCCAGUGCCCACCUGAGUGGACAGGUCAGUACUGCACUGAGGAUGUGGAUGAGUGCCAGCUGAUGCCCAAUGCCUGCCAGAACGGUGGCACCUGCCACAACAACCAUGGUGGCUACAACUGUGUGUGUGUCAAUGGCUGGACGGGCGAGGACUGCAGCGAGAACAUCGAUGACUGUGCCAUGGCUGCCUGUUUCCAUGGGGCCACCUGCCACGACAGGGUGGCCUCCUUCUACUGCGAGUGUCCCCACGGCCGCACAGGUUUGCUGUGCCACCUUGAUGACGCCUGCAUCAGCAACCCCUGCAACGAGGGCUCCAACUGUGACACCAACCCUGUCAAUGGCAAAGCCAUCUGCACGUGUCCUUCGGGGUACAUGGGGCCAGCCUGCAACCAGGAUGUGGACGAGUGCUCACUGGGAGCCAACCCUUGUGAGCAUGCAGGGAAGUGCAUCAACACCCAAGGGUCCUUCCAGUGCCAGUGUCUGCAGGGCUACUCGGGCCCUCGCUGUGAGAUUGAUGUCAACGAGUGCCUCUCCAACCCCUGCCAGAAUGAUGCCACCUGUCUGGACCAGAUCGGGGAGUUCCAGUGCAUCUGCAUGCCUGGCUAUGAGGGGGUUUACUGCGAGAUCAACACAGAUGAAUGUGCCAGCAGCCCCUGCCUGCACAACGGCAACUGCCUUGACAAGAUCAAUGAGUUCCACUGCGAGUGCCCCACUG